AUGAAGUGGGUUGCGGCGCUCCAGAAGACCUUAGAUCAUUAUGGUUCCAAAGCGGAGAACAUGAUUGGACAGCAUCACUGGCCUAAAUAUGGCAAUGCUGCUGUUGUCGCACAUCUUGAAAAUUAUCGUGACACUAUCAAGUUCACCCAUGACCAGGCUGUUCGUUUGCUUAACUUAGGCCUAGCGGCACAGACAUCUACAGCUGAAUCUAAUUGCGCUGAAUGUAUCUGCGCUGAAUGUAACUGCGCUGAAUCUAGCAACGCUGCAUCUAGCAACGCUGAAUCUAGCUGCGUCGAUCAGUCCUGCCCGGACCAAGGUCUGAGUGUGGGUGCUGUAGUAGGUGUUGCCAUAGCAGCACUAAUUGUUGGCUUGGUUGGAGGCGUCGGGGGCACAACAAUUGUUUACCGAAGGAAAGCCAACGCUUGCGCGGCUGAAUCGACCACAGAUCUUGGUUAA